AGGAGAAGGAGGAGGAGGACGUUCGGCCUGCGCAGUGAGAUGUUUGUCCGUCGCCGCCGCCGCCGCCAUCGCGGAGGAACGCGAUAAAGGAAGCCGAGUCGGGCGUGAGAGGGACCCCCGCGGAGCCGCUGCGCUAGCGCAGCCCUCAACCGCGUCCGAGCCGCCGGAGCCCGAGCUGCCGCCGCGGCGCCCAGGGCCCGGCCCGCUCUUCAGUUCGGCCGGGGGCCGCCGCCGCCCCCAGCGUAGCCCCUUGCCCGCCGCCCGCCUUAAAUGUGACACCGGCGCCUCGGAGUGCGACCCGCAGCCGCCGCCGGGGAGGGGACGAGCACCAUGUCGAAUCUGAGCAAAGGCACGGGCAGCCGGAAGGACACCAAGAUGCGGAUCCGGGCCUUUCCGAUGACCAUGGAUGAAAAAUAUGUAAACAGCAUUUGGGAUCUUCUGAAAAAUGCAAUUCAAGAAAUCCAGCGUAAGAAUAACAGUGGUCUUAGUUUUGAGGAGCUCUAUAGAAAUGCGUAUACAAUGGUUUUACAUAAACACGGAGAAAAACUCUACACUGGACUAAGAGAAGUUGUUACUGAACAUCUCAUAAAUAAGGUGAGAGAAGAUGUACUAAAUUCGCUGAAUAACAACUUUCUUCAAACACUAAAUCAAGCUUGGAAUGAUCAUCAGACAGCUAUGGUGAUGAUUAGAGACAUACUAAUGUAUAUGGACCGUGUAUAUGUACAACAAAAUAAUGUGGAGAAUGUCUACAAUUUGGGGUUAAUUAUUUUUCGAGAUCAAGUUGUACGUUAUGGGUGUAUUAGGGACCAUCUUCGGCAAACUCUGUUGGAUAUGAUUGCAAGAGAGCGGAAAGGAGAAGUUGUAGACAGAGGUGCAAUAAGAAAUGCUUGCCAGAUGUUAAUGAUUUUAGGUCUUGAAGGAAGAACAGUCUAUGAAGAAGAUUUUGAAGCUCCUUUUUUGGAAAUGUCUGCAGAAUUUUUUCAGAUGGAAAGCCAGAAGUUUUUAGCUGAAAACAGUGCUUCAGUAUAUAUAAAGAAAGUAGAAGCUAGAAUUAAUGAAGAAAUAGAACGAGUGAUGCACUGCCUUGACAAAUCAACCGAAGAGCCCAUUGUAAAAGUGGUGGAGAGGGAACUCAUUUCCAAGCACAUGAAGACCAUAGUAGAAAUGGAGAAUUCUGGGCUAGUACAUAUGUUGAAAAACGGAAAGACAGAAGACCUUGCUUGCAUGUACAAGUUAUUUAGUCGUGUGCCAAAUGGUUUGAAGACAAUGUGUGAAUGUAUGAGUUCCUAUUUGAGGGAGCAAGGUAAAGCCCUUGUUUCUGAGGAAGGCGAAGGAAAGAAUCCUGUUGAUUAUAUCCAGGGCUUAUUGGAUCUGAAGAGUAGGUUUGAUCGCUUCCUCCAGGAAUCAUUCAACAAUGACCGGCUCUUUAAACAAACUAUCGCUGGUGACUUUGAAUAUUUUCUCAACCUCAACUCCAGGUCCCCUGAAUACCUCUCAUUAUUUAUUGAUGAUAAGCUGAAAAAGGGAGUAAAAGGGCUAACAGAACAAGAAGUAGAAACAAUAUUGGAUAAGGCAAUGGUUCUUUUUAGGUUUAUGCAAGAAAAAGAUGUAUUUGAACGUUAUUAUAAACAGCACCUUGCAAGGAGGCUUCUCACAAAUAAAAGUGUUUCUGAUGACUCUGAAAAAAACAUGAUAUCUAAAUUAAAGACUGAGUGUGGAUGUCAGUUCACAUCAAAACUGGAAGGAAUGUUUAGGGAUAUGAGCAUCUCAAACACAACUAUGGAUGAAUUCAGGCAACAUCUGCAGGCAACCGGGGUAUCUUUAGGUGGUGUUGAUCUCACAGUCCGGGUGCUCACGACUGGAUAUUGGCCCACGCAAUCAGCCACACCAAAGUGCAACAUCCCACCAGCACCAAGACAUGCUUUUGAAAUAUUCAGAAGGUUCUACUUAGCCAAACACAGUGGCCGACAACUCACACUCCAGCAUCAUAUGGGCUCUGCAGAUCUCAAUGCCACUUUUUAUGGUCCAGUUAAAAAGGAAGACGGAUCUGAAGUCGGUGUUGGAGGUGCACAAGUGACUGGCUCAAAUACUCGGAAGCACAUAUUGCAAGUCUCCACCUUCCAGAUGACCAUAUUAAUGCUCUUUAAUAAUAGAGAAAAAUACACAUUUGAGGAAAUUCAACAAGAAACAGAUAUCCCAGAGAGAGAGCUGGUUAGAGCCCUACAGUCACUUGCCUGCGGUAAACCAACACAGCGGGUUCUCACAAAAGAGCCUAAGUCAAAGGAAAUAGAAAAUGGUCACAUAUUCACAGUUAACGACCAGUUCACAUCUAAACUGCACAGAGUCAAGAUUCAAACAGUUGCUGCCAAACAAGGUGAAUCUGACCCAGAAAGGAAAGAAACAAGGCAAAAAGUCGAUGAUGACAGAAAACAUGAGAUAGAAGCUGCUAUAGUGCGGAUAAUGAAAUCUAGGAAGAAGAUGCAGCACAAUGUUUUAGUAGCAGAGGUAACUCAGCAGUUGAAGGCUCGAUUCUUGCCAAGUCCAGUUGUUAUUAAGAAACGUAUUGAAGGACUUAUUGAGAGAGAAUAUUUGGCACGAACACCUGAGGACCGCAAAGUGUACACAUAUGUAGCAUAAAGUGCAUUCAGAAAUUUGAUUUAUUCUUGGACUGUACUCUUCGCAUGGACUGGGAAGUUCUUUUAAAUCAUUAAUAUUAAGACGACCAUCUCUUCUAUUAAAAUUACAGUACAUGUUCUAGACCAUUCAGAUUGAGCCUUUACUCCCUUUGAGAGUUUUCAACAUCAGUUGAUUGAGCUUCAGGCUUUACAGCGUUUAUCCCUGUAGAGAUCAUCUUUACAGUUCCUCGGGAAAAUGUGAAUGUGCCGCAUUUUGUUUUCAAUACUGUAUGAAAACAGAAAAAAAAAUAAAAACAAAUUUAGAAACUACAGCUCAUUAAAAUAAAAUUGUUGGAUUUCA